UGGACAAAUCAAGUACUCAGCAUCUGCAAAACUAAGAGUGAAAAAGGUUUUUGACCAACUAAAGAUAACUGAAGCAUCAUGGCGUGUGAAAAUGACUACUGCACCAUCAUGUCUGGUCUGAAGGAGCUUGAUUUCCAAGGAAAUGCAAUGCCUAGUGAUCUUGUGCUAAUAGGCGACCAUGCCUUUCCACUUGCCAUGAAUCCAAGAGGUCAAGUUCUGAUUGCUGCAUCUCGUUACGGUCAGGGACGUGUGGUGGUGUUGGGACAUGAAAGCUACUUGAGCCGUUUCCCCAGUCUGAUAGAAAAUGCCCUGAUGUGGCUCAUGCCAUGUACCGGUGAUGCCAGCAUUGUAGGGAUGCAGAAAAAAUUUGGUUCUGUAGCUGAUAACUUGCGCAGUUCAUCUAUCAGAACUGAGCUUGGAGGUUUUCGCCAGGGAUUUGCUGUAUAUAUCACAGAUGCUUACAGCGUUGAUGAAUGUGCAAAGAAUAUGAUUGCUUUUCUCAAAGCUGGUGGUGGAUUGAUAAUUGCUGGCCAAGCAUGGCAUUGGGCUGAUACUCAUCCAAAGGAGGAUGUUUUUCUGAACUUCCCUGGUAACAAGGUGUGCAGCGUCGCAGGAAUUUACUUUACAGAACACCCAGGAGAAUGUGGCGUAUUCCCUGUGCCUUCAAAUAUCCCAUCUAGUUGGCUUGCUGUAUCAAUCGAUAAGGAUUUUAAGAAUGACCUAGAAUCCCUUCUGAAAGGUGUGCCUCAGUUUGACAUCCAAGGUUCGUUGGCAUCUGAGCUGACGGUCCAUGGAACAUUAGCAUUUCCUAUUGCAGUCACUCCAACAGGACAAACAUUCAUUGCCGGUGCCUACUAUGGACAAGGACGGGUAAUUGUGGUAACCCAUGAAGGUUUCCUGGGCCGUGAAUCUCUGUCCACUUUCCUGAUUAAUGCUAUUAACUGGCUUGAUGAGGGGCGUAAAGGCGUUAUUGGCAUCACACCAAGUCUCACUGGAGCCCAAAAGAUACUGAGCAAAUCCGGUCUAAACUGCCAGUUAACUAACUUCAGAGAAGAUCUCAGUGUCUACGUCUGCAAUUCCUACAGUGAUGCCGAGUCUGAAAAGAUCCAAGAAUUUGUCGCAGAAGGAGGUGGUCUUCUGAUUGGAGGUCAUGCCUGGUAUUGGGCCUAUGACAAUCCUGGCCGCAGAAGGAUGACUGAAUACCCAGGAAAUCGCAUUCUUAACCAGAUGGGAGUGUGUAUUUUGGGCAGCACUGUGACUGGAGGAUUAUACAAAGCCCCAGAAAUCAAAGAGGGCUUUAAAGAUGUGUACCGCUUUCGUAAUGUACUGAGACACUUUGGGAUGCAUAUAACCAAGGGGCAAAAACUUCCUCCCCAUGUAGAGGGUUCCCUGAAACAACUUGGCAAUGAUUGUGCAAGCUACCUUUGUAUGUGUACACAUGACUAUGUUGCUUAUAAUUCAGUGGUAACUCUUUUUACCGACAUGGUGAAGGAGAUUGGUUUUCCACAGGUGUGUAGUAAGAGCCCUAUUAAAAGUCCCAAAGACUUCCUGAUGCUCCAAAUUGGGACUGAACUUUACAACACUAUGUCUAACCCUGAUGCCCUCCUGCCAUACAUCAUUAAGGAAAGACCUCACCUGCCCACUGUGUCUGAUGCAAGAGUUCGUAUCAGCGCCGACACUGGUGGCUCUGAAGCAUGGAUAAGCACAGGCUUGUAUCUUUCUCCUGGAAUGAGGACACAUAUAAUUAUUCCUUCAGAACUCAUUGGGAAAAACUGGAAGGUUCAGAUCGGUUGUCAGACUGAUAACAUUUCGGCUGCAGAUGUUUUGAAACGAGCUCCUGUGGUCUGUGAGUGUUUCCCAUUGGACAAAAAAAUGGUUCAGCUUUGUAAUCUAUGGGGAGGGCUCAUCUACCUAGUUGCACCUCCCAAAACCAAAGUGGAUGGGGUGGAAAUUGUGGUGCAGACUGCAGUAAAAGCUCCAUACUUCAAGUCUGGAGAGACCAGUGUAGCUGACUGGGUCGGUGGGAUCCGUCAGGCCCCGGCCCCCUGGGCGGAGCUUGAGUUUGAGAACAUCAUCAUCACAUUAGAGUCAAGUGUGAUACGGAGUCUGGAUCGUCCUGAUCAUUUGGCAAAAUAUUGGGAUGCAAUAAUGAGAGGCAUAGGUGACCUGGCGGCUAAACCUCAUAAAUUCCCCCGCAAGGAGCGAUUUGUUGCAGAUGUUCAGAUCUCUGCCGGCUUUAUGCAUUCUGGAUAUCCCAUCAUGGUGCACUCCGUCUCCGCCCCAGCACUAAUAAAUCCAAAGGUAUCCAAUAAAAGUGAGUUGUGGGGAUUUAUACAUGAGCUUGGUCAUAACCAGCAGCGUGAUGUUUGGGAAUUUCCUCCACACACAACUGAGUGCACUUGCAACCUGUGGUCAGUGUAUGUGCAUGAGGAGGUGCUUGGUGUCAACAGGGCUACUGCUCACGAAGCCAUGACCCUAAAAGACCGCCAGGAUCGCAUCAGAGAUUAUGUCAAAGGUGGCAGGGAUUUGAAAAAAUGGACCGUGUGGACAGCACUGGAGACGUAUUUGCAGCUUCAAGGCAAAUAUGGCUGGGAUGCUUUCAAGAAGGUUUUUGCUGCCUAUCAUGACAUGACUGGAGUGCCCAAUAACAACGCAGUCAAGAUGAAUCUGUACGCUGAGACCUUCUCCAAGGUGGUGAACAUGAAUCUGUCGUCCUUCUUCAAAGCCUGGGGUUGGCCGAUCGAGCCCAGCACUGAACAGAAGAUCUCUCAUCUCCCCAAGUGGAGCGAUCAUCCAAUGAAGCAGUAUGCAUAAGACACCUGAGAGAGCUGUGAAAUUACAGUGAAAAAUUUGAUAAAAAUAAGACAUAAGAGUAGAUUGAUAUGGGUUGAUAGCCGGUGACUUCUUUUUCGAGGGCGCACAAUGCGAGGCUCGUCACAACUAGUGUUGUUUUUGGCAGCCUGUUUUAAUUUUAGUUUUAGUCGAGUCUUUGUGUCAAGCUGUCAUUUUAGUUUUUAUUAGUUUUUGUCACGUUCAUACAUUUUUUAGUCUAGUCAGGUUUUAGUCGACUUAAAGUCUGGGCAUUUUAGUCUUAGGGCGUUUUCACAUUAGCCCUUUUUGGGUGCGCACCCGGGUUCGAUUGACAUCAGAGUUCGGUAGAUUUGGAUGAUGUGAACGCUGUCUUCCGAACUCGGGUGCGCAGUCCGCUUAAAAAGGGUGGUCUGGGGUCCGGUUCAUGUGAACUCCAGAUCGGUUCGCUGCUGAUGUGAGCGCAAUC